AAGGGGGGCAAAAUAAUUCUGAGAAAUACCGCAAAGAAAGCAUCCUCAGCAGCUCCCGGGGCCGGUGGAUCGGAGCAGCCGCGGCCUGUCGGCGGCAGAAAACGGAGCGCGUCUCCGCGGGACCAGUGAUUGAAAACACCGCGGUAUGUUCAUGUAUCAUGCACAUGUAACCAUAAUCUGCCAUACGGAUUCAAAGGGAAUACAAAAAGCCGAGAGACUUGACAGCGGGCUGUACCUGCGCCAAACGGGGAAAUAACGGAGGAUUUCCACCGAUAUCACCUGGAUAGUGCGUUUUUAUUCAAGGACAUCCAGCUGCCAGGAGAGGGAGAGGGAGAAAAAAAAAUCCGCCCCGGAGAAGCUUUCCGAUAUGGGCUGUCUUGGCAAUAGUAAGACUGAAGACCAACGAAAUGAGGAGAAGGCACAGAGGGAGGCCAACAAAAAGAUAGAGAAGCAGCUCCAAAAAGACAAACAGAUAUACCGGGCCACUCACCGGCUACUACUAUUAGGGGCCGGUGAAUCCGGGAAAAGUACAAUAGUCAAACAGAUGCGAAUAUUGCACGUGAAUGGCUUCAACGCAGAGGAGAAAAAACAGAAAAUUCAUGAUAUCAAAAACAACAUUAAAGAAGCUAUAGAGACGAUCGUGUCGGCCAUGACGACGCUCACGCCUCCUUGCCAGUUAGCCUCUCCUGCAAACCAGUUCCGGAUCGAUUACGUCCUGAACCAAGUCAACCAGAAGGAUUUCGAUUUUCCUUCGGAGUUUUAUGACCACGCAAAGAUCCUCUGGCAGGACGAGGGUGUGCGGGCAUGCUGGGAAAGGUCCAACGAAUAUCAGCUCAUCGACUGCGCACAGUACUUCUUAGAUCGGAUCGACGUGGUCAGGCAGAACGACUACACGCCCACCGAUCAGGACCUCCUGAGAUGCAGAGUACUGACGUCUGGAAUCUUCGAGACAAGAUUUCAAAUAGACAAAGUCAACUUCCAUAUGUUCGAUGUGGGAGGUCAACGAGACGAACGCAGAAAAUGGAUCCAGUGUUUUAAUGAUGUGACGGCUAUCAUCUUUGUGGUGGCGAGCAGCAGCUACAACAUGGUGAUCAGAGAAGACAAUCAGACUAACAGACUACAGGAAGCCCUCAAUCUUUUCAAGAACAUUUGGAACAACAGGUGGCUACGGACCAUUUCGGUAAUCCUCUUCCUGAACAAGCAGGACCUUCUCGCCGAGAAGGUUUUGGCAGGAAAAUCAAAAAUUGAGGAGUAUUUCCCGGACUUUGCACGUUACACCACGCCUGAUGAUGCAAUACCAGAGCUGGGUGAAGAUCCUCGCGUUACCAGGGCAAAGUACUUUAUACGGGACGAGUUUCUGGUGUGUACAAAGCUCAAAUUCAAACAGAGGAUCAGCACAGCCAGCGGGGACGGACGCCAUUACUGUUACCCUCACUUCACCUGCGCGGUCGACACGGAAAACAUCCGCCGCGUCUUCAAUGACUGUCGCGACAUAAUCCAGAGGAUGCACCUACGGCAGUACGAGCUCUUGUGAUGGAUGGCAGCGGCGUCCGCUCGGCUUGUAUACCAACCAACCAACCUACCUACCUACCUACCUACUUUGCUACUCCCGUCAUGACCAGAUAGCUCAGCGCCCCUCCACACCUCCACCAACCUCACCUUAACAACCUCCCCCCUCCCCCUCCGGCUCCCCGAUGCAACCUCUCCCGGGAACACGAACACAGCGGCUGCAGAUCUCCGUUCUCAGAUGCAGUCGACGGACUCGCAGCAGAUCCUCCACCCGUCAGCCUGCUUUGACGCAGGGAAAGAGGGUGGAGGCUGGAAUUGCUCGGCGUAGGCGACCUCUCCUUUCAGCUCUCUCUCAGACACGUGAAGACACACACACACACACACACACACACACACACGCAUAAAGGUACACACACACGCACGCAGCAGAAUAACACAUUCUGGUGCCUCGAUAAGUUUUAAUAUCACACUCGUUCACACUCUUUAUGAAAUCAAGUCCUGCUUUUCACACCCGGUGGAGGCCAGAUUAAAUAACACUUUCUGAGAGAGAGGGAGGUUUGUUCAGCGCGUACUCACGACAGACCUUUCCGGGGAAGGACGGCGGACGCGGGAGGGCGGCGAACGGACACGGCGAAGGGCUGCAAGCCGCUGUUUUUUUUUUUUUGUUUCCCGUGCCCACCGAUGGACUAAUUGACUAGUGGCUGCCUGUGGAUGUGAGCGUGACUCAAACAUAAGGCACGCGGCCCACAUGACCCCUGCUCUAUCGAGGAAGGACAGCAAAAAAAAUAAAAAACACAAACAAAAAAAAUAUUAAAAAAAAGAAAAAUAUAAAGUGCAUAAAUUCAUGCAUACCAGUGAACUUCAUGCAGUGCAAAAAAUCCAAGCUAUAUAUAUAGAUAUUUAUAUAUGUGUGUAUAUAAAUAUGUAUAUAUAUAUAUAAAUAUAUAUAUAAAUAUAAAUAUUAUAUAUUCAUGUAAUAACACAAUUCAACUUUUAAGUUUUUGUUAGUUUUUACCCCAUGUUGUGUGUUGGUGUACACUAUGUGUGUGAUCUGCCUCUGUGCACCAUUUAACCUCCCCCUACAUAAACACACACACACACACACAAAACACAUAUCUUUCUCACACUAUUUUUUCCCUUGCUGCUAUUUGACAACUAUUCCACAUGUGGGAAAUGAACGAGGAGGAACGUUUAAGAAAGUAAGGAAAAGCAAUGAUUAAUGGAGACUGGAUGUAAUGGAUUUACCCACAAGUGGACAGACUGACGCUGACACACACACACACACACACACACACACACACACACAUGCUCCAGUCCUCCGCAGCCCCCUGUUCACCCGCACCACACACACCCCUUCCUCCUCUAGCUUCCGCCUUCCCUUUUGUCUUGUUCUCUCACCCUCUCCCAUUCCCCAUCGCCAUCUCCUCCUCCUCCUCCUCCUCCUCCUGGCUUUAAUUAUGUCUGUCUUUAUUUUACUGCUGGACUAUUAUUCUUGUACAGACUGUAAAAUGUAUUAUUUUGUACAACUUUAUUGAAGAUGAAAAAAAAAAAACCGAGAACUUGUAGAAGAUCCCUGUGCCUUGAUCACGACUGUACGUGUAAAAAUG